CUGAUUAGGCAGAACCAGAAGGCUGUGCAGAGGGAACCAUGUGGAAGACUUCCCUGCUGCCCAAGGUCCUGACUUUGGGGGCCCUGGGCCUUCUGAUUCAAGCCCCAGGACAUCAUGCAGAUGACCUCAUCAGGACCACUGAGUCUGGACAGAUCCAAGGGACUCAAAUCCAUAUCAAGGGGAUUGACAAAAGUGUCAAUGUUUUCCUGGGAAUCCCGUUUGCUAAACCUCCUGUGGGGGCCCUGAGGUUUUCUCCUCCGCAACCACCAGAUUCAUGGAGCAAUGUGAGAGAUGCCAUUGCCCAUCCACCCAUGUGUUUGCAGGAUAUCCCUCACCUAGAAAAAAUGGCUACAGCCCUGAAAAUGAAUAUCCCCACUACUGCUAAUUCUGAAGACUGUUUGUACCUCAAUAUCUAUGUUCCUGUCCAUGCAAAAGAGGGGGCCAGAUUGCCGGUGAUGGUGUGGAUCCAUGGUGGUGGUCUCGUUUUUGAGGGUGCUUCCAUGUAUGACAGUUCAAUACUGUCUGCCUCCCAGAAUAUGGUAGUGGUCAACAUCCAGUACAGGCUUGGCAUCCUUGGGUUCUUCAGCACUGGUGAUGAGCAUGCACCUGGCAACUGGGGGUACCUGGAUCAGGUGGCUGCCCUGAGGUGGAUCCAGAGGAACAUUGCCCACUUUGGAGGAGAUCCUGGCCUUGUGACCAUCUUUGGAGAGUCUGCUGGGGGAACUAGUGUUUCCUCACAUGUUCUAUCCCCCAUGUCCAAAGGCUUGUUCCACAGAGCAAUCAUGCAGAGCGGUGUGGCCAUCCUCCCUGGCUUGAUUUCUUCCAGCUCAGAAACAAUCAUGAAUGUCAUUGCCAAUCUGUCUUCUUGUGAUAGAAACGAUUCUGCCUCCAUGGUUCAAUGCCUCAGGAACAAAUCUGAGGACGAGAUCCUGGCCAUUAGCAAGCAUUUCAAGAUAAUCUUUGGUGUAGUUGAUGGGCAAUUCCUCCCCAAACAUCCUGAAGAGUUGCUGGCUGCAGGAGAAUUCAACCGUGUCCCUUUCAUCAUUGGUGUCACCAACCAGGAAUUUGAAUGGAUUAUUCCUGUGGUAUUGGACAUUCCUAGAUUUAUGGAUAAAGAAAGCAUCCAAUCAUCACUUCUAAGUCCAGUUUUGGGUAUUCCUCCUGAGCUUGGGCAUUUGAUGAUUGAAGAGUAUUUAAAAGAUACUGAGGACCCUGGAGAAUGUCAAGCUCAAUUCCAGGACAUGAUGGGGGAUAUGAUGUUUGUUAUUCCAGCCCUCAAAGUGGCCAAAUAUCAACAUGGUCUCAGCUCUCCAGUCUACUUUUAUGAAUUUCAGCAUCGACCAAGCCCACUUAAGGACCUCACUCCUGAUGUUGUGAAGGCUGAUCAUGGUGAUGAUCUGUAUUUUGUCUUUGGAGCACCUUUUUUAGGAGAGGGAACAGAAGAGGAAAAACUCCUGAGCCACAGGAUAAUGAGCUACUGGGCAAACUUUGCCCGUCAUGGGGACCCAAAUGGUGCAGAUCUUACUCACUGGCCAGUCUAUGACCAGAAGGAAGAGUACAUGCAGCUGAAUUUGGAGUUGUCUGUGGGAAAGAGCCUGAAGAGUGAUAAGUUUGAGUUCUGGACCAAGACUUUGCCUCAGAGGAUGAAGGAAUCACAGACUGAAAAAGGCCCGGGUGGAGUUGUGAUCUCUAAGCAUAACCUACUUCUACAAUUGUUCUGGAUCGAUAAAACCCAAUCUUUUGAUUUGUUAGUUCCUUGCUCUUAACUGAAGUAUAAUGCAGUUUUGAGGGAAA